AUGUCAACAAUUCCGCCAGCCAGCUUAGAACAAAUCCUGCGUAUUCGAGCCGAACGAAAUCAGCGAACACCGAAAUGUGCGAGAUGUCGAAAUCAUGGUACCGUAUCCGCUUUAAAGGGACAUAAGAGAUAUUGUCGGUGGAAGGAUUGUAUGUGUGCGAAGUGUACGUUGAUUGCGGAGAGGCAGCGAGUUAUGGCGGCACAGGUGAGUACGGUGUCUACAGUAAGAAUUUAAAGGGACAUAUAGGUUUUAUGAAUCCAAAGAUUCUGAAGUUAGUUUGAAGUUUUGAAAAUAUGAAAUUUUAUGCUGAAAAUAUCUGAAAAUCAGUAUUACCAUAAUCCUCGAGAAGUACACGGAAAUUUGAGAAAAUUUCGAAUUUUCGCCUUUUCCCGCUUGUUCUCGAGAAGUACACGAAAAUUUCGAAUUUUUUGAAUUUUCCCGCUUGUCCUCGAGAAGUACACGGAAAUUUCGAUUUUUUUGAAUUUUCCCGCUUGUCCUCGAGAAGUACACGGAAAUUUUAAAUUUUUUGAAUUUCCCGCUUGUCCUCGAGAAGUACACGAAAAUUUCGAAUUUUUUGAAUUUGCAAAGUUUCCCGCUUGUCCUCGAGAAGUACAAGGAAAUUUUCGAUUUUUUGAAUUUGCAAAAUUUCCCGCUUGUCCUCGAGAAGUACAUGGAAAUUUUGAAUUUUUCGAAUUUUUGCCUUUUCCCGCUUGUCCUCGAGAAGUACACGAAAAUUUUGAAUUUUUCCAGGUCGCCCUUCGUCGCCAACAAAGUCAAGAAGAAAAAGAUGCUCGAGAUUUGGAAAUGUUGCUCGCCUCAAAUGGUGGAAGUGGUGAGUUCCCUUUUUUGGAAGGGGGGUGUCAAUUUGGGUGGGGGGUAACCUGAUAUUAAAAAAGACAGUGCAACAUUUUGUUACACUUAUAACCGGGUCAUAUUUGCACACACCGUGUUUUUUGUAUUGUAAUUUGGGAUAGAAAUUUUCGAGAGUUAGACUAAAUCACUUUUUGCAGCCACUGAACUUCUUGACAUGCUUCGAACUGAACAACAACCACAAAAUCUAUCAUCCUCAUCAGCUCCAAACCUAAUUUCAAUGAACAAUAAUAAACAAGACGACGAGGAACACCAGCAACACAACGAAGAAGGAGAAGAUAGCAGCAAUAACACAACAACCAGCGGUAGGUUAGAGGGCGAGACGUAUAGAGUAUAAAUAGGAAAAAUAGCGUGGCGGCCUUCAACAGCACGAUGGCCGAGUGGUUAAGGCGUUGGACUUAAGUUCCAAUGGAUGCGAAAUCCGCGUGGGUUCGAACCCCACUCGUGCUAAUAGUUUUUAUUUUUUUUCUAUUUUUUCUUAAUCCCUCGCAAGGGUGACAAUUAGAGGGGCUAAGCAUAAAACAGGUGAAGCUAAGUGGGAUUAAGGUUACGCAAGUCAAUUAAUAUUGUUGGCAGCUGUACUUAGUAAUGUUUUUGUUUUUUUAGAUGAGAAAGAGGAGGAUACGGUAAAUCGGAGUAGCCCAAGUAGUCCGUCGAGUACAAGUGAACUUGUUGGAAGUCAAACAUCCUCUUGUUCACCAGUUGAAUCGCCGGCAAUGUAUAGAAGACAACAACAUCAACAAUUAUUUCAACAUAUUCCAAUGUUCAAUCCUUUGAUGUAUAAUCGACAUUUUAUGAGGAUUCCUAGUAAGUUCAGCCGGAUUUUUCAAAGAUUUUUUCUCAAAAACCUCUUUCCAGUGCUUCCCCACUUCGCCUUCCCACCAGCCGCCCCAAUUCCGCAAAACUUCAGUUCAGCCGCCUCUUUGGCCGCACCAAUGCCACCCGCUCCAACUUCAACCCUAUUCCAAACCCCGCCAACCUCCAAUAAUUCCCCACCAACAACAAAUAACACCAUUUUCCCACAAAUUUUUCCGUUAGAUUGUCGACAAUUCAAAACUGAACAACAUACUGAAUAA